AUGACAGACCACGACAAGUGGGUCACACUGACCCCCACAGAGUUCUCCCUGCUCCAGGACUACGCCCAGUACUCCACCAAGAAGCUCAAAGAUGUCCUCCAGGAGUUCCACGGGGAUGGGGUGUUGGCCAAGUACAACCCAGAGGAGAAACAGGAAAUCCUUAGCCAGGAGAUUGACUUUGAGGGGUUUAAGGUGUUCAUGCAGACCUUCCUGGAGAGCGAGCUGCCUGAAGAGUUCUGUCAGCAUCUCUUCUUGUCCUUUAGCAACAAGGGUCCCAGACCCAGUCCCUCAUCCUGUGACAAGCCCAAGGUGUCUGCCGCUGACCUUUCCUCCGGGGUUCUCUCUGCAGGGCUGAAGCUGAUAAAAGGCACGUCGACCCCCCUGAAGACCCCCCCCCCGGCGGCGGUGGUGGUGGCGGCGUCCCCGCCCCUGAACUCGGUGCAGCUGAAGGACAUCGUGUGCUACCUGUCCCUGAUGGAGGGUGGGCGGCCUGAGGACAAACUGGAGUUCAUGUUCCGUCUCUACGACACCGACGGGAACGGCUCUCUGGACAGCUCGGAGUUGGAGCAUAUCAUCUCCCAGAUGAUGCACGUGGCUGAGACCCUGGAGUGGGAUGUGACCGAACUCAAACCGAUCCUCCAGGAGAUGAUGCAGGAGAUCGACUACGACCACGACGGGGCCGUAUCCCUCGAGGAGUGGAUCCAGGGGGGCAUGACCACCAUCCCCCUGCUGGUCCUGCUGGGCCUCGAGACGAAUGUGAAGGAUGAUGGGCAGCAUGUGUGGAGGCUGAAGCACUUCAAUAAGCCGGCCUACUGCAACCUGUGUCUCAACAUGCUCAUCGGCCUGGGCAAGCAGGGCCUCUGCUGCUCCUUCUGUAAGUAUACGGUCCACGAGCGCUGCGUGGCUCGGGCGCCGGCGUCCUGCAUCAAGACCUACGUCAAGACCAAGAAGAACACGGAGGUGAUGCACCAUUUCUGGGUGGAGGGGAACUGCCCCACCAAGUGUGACAAGUGUCACAAGACCAUUAAGUGCUACCAGGGUCUGACUGGGCUUCACUGCGUCUGGUGCCAGAUCACGCUCCAUAACAAGUGUGCCUCACAUGUGAAGCCGGAGUGCGACUGCGGGCCCCUCAAAGAUCACAUCCUACCGCCUAACACCAUUUGUCCCGUGGUGCUGGAGAGGCAGUCGACAGUGCGGAAGGACUCCAGAUGCAGCCAGACAAGCCGAGGGAAGAUGCAGAGAGCCAACUCUGUCACCGUGGAUGGCCAGGGCCUGCAGAUAACAACAUUAGAGGGCACUCAUCCUCUGCUGGUGUUUGUCAAUCCUAAAAGUGGGGGCAAGCAAGGCGAGAGGAUUUAUCGGAAGUUCCAGUACCUUCUGAACCCGAGACAGGUGUACAACCUGGCCAAGACCGGACCCAUGCCGGGGUUGAACUUCUUCAGAGACGUUCCUGACUUCCGCGUGUUGGCGUGCGGCGGAGACGGAACGGUUGGCUGGAUCCUGGACUUCAUCGAUAAGGCCAACCUAAACAGGAACCCCCCCGUGUGUGUACUUCCUCUUGGCACAGGAAAUGACCUGGCCCGCUGCCUGCGCUGGGGGGGAGGCUACGAGGGCGAGAGCCUGCUGAAGAUCCUGCGGGACAUCGAGACCAGCGCCGAGGUGACGCUAGACCGCUGGCGGAUCGACGUGACGCCGUCGGACCGCGAGGAACCCGGAGACCCGGCGCCCUACAGCAUCAUCAACAACUACUUCUCCAUCGGCGUGGACGCCUCCAUUGCCCACCGCUUCCACAUCAUGAGGGAGAAACACCCUGAGAGGUUCAACAGCAGAACAAAGAACAAGCUGUGGUACUUUGAGUUCGGCACCUCAGAGACCUUCUCUGCCACGUGUAAGAAGCUGCACGACUUUCUGGAGGUGGAGUGUGACGGCAUCAGCCUGGACCUCAGCACCAUCUCCCUUGAGGGCAUCGCCAUUCUCAACAUUCCCAGCAUGCACGGCGGCUCCAACCUCUGGGGUGAAAGCAAAAAGAGGAGGGGCAACCGAAGGGCGGCCAAGAAGGCCCCAGACAAGAGGACGACGGUGCUGGACCCAAAGGAGCUCAUGUUUGCGGUCCAAGACAUCUCGGACCAGCUCCUGGAGGUGGUGGGGCUGGAGGGAGCCAUGGAGAUGGGUCAGAUCUACACCGGUCUGAAGAGUGCUGGGAGACGUCUGGCCCAGUGCUCCUCUGUAACCAUUAGGACCACAAAGUCUCUCCCAAUGCAGAUCGAUGGAGAGCCUUGGAUGCAAGCCGCCUGCACGAUUCAAAUUGACCACAAGAACAAGGCGCCCAUGUUGAUGGGCACACCGCAGGGCACCGGCUUUUUCUCCUCUAUCAUCAGGAGGACACGCAGCGAGAGCAAAGACUGAUGGGAGAUUGUCUCGGGCAAGGCUCUGAAACGCCGGUCAAAAUGUUAGCUAGCCCCAGCUAGCUCUGAAGUAACAGCGCUCAGAAAGGCUGUGUCCUCCACAGUGAAUCCACCACAACUCGGAUACAAGGCCACGGAAGGAUGGGGACCGUAUGGGUAUUUAUUGAGGGCGUACGCAAGCUACAGCCGGACACCCUGCCUCUGUGGUGAGGCAGUCACCGGUUGGAGGUGAGGUGUAGCGGAAGAGGCGGUGGCGUGUGGGUCGCCACAUCACAACUUGGAGGAGAUCUCUCUGUCACCCUUUUUAUUUUUUUUGCUUUAACAUGUGCAGUCUACGAAUACGCUUUGG